GCAAGUUCACCCACACUGCUCACUGCUGGCUCCCGAGUCCCAGAUGUCCCUCUCCUGAUCACCACCCAAACGCAGCUCCAGGAGCCCAGGAAGAGGCACAGGCACAGUCCUCCCCCCACAACAGGAGCAUCCUGGCCAAGGAGUGAUGCCAUUGGCACCCAGGAGAUGCUGGGGGCUGCUCCAGCCCCAUGUAUGAGAGCAGACAUCCCAGGGACCCUGUGCCCCAAACUGGAGCCCUUGUCCCACCCUGAGCUGAGCAUCGAGGGAUGCAGAGAGCAGGCUGAAACCUGAAUAAUUUGAAGCAAAAGGACAUCCUCACACUGGACACAGCCUGGUUUGUGGCUCAGCCCUUAACAUGACCACAGAAAGCUUUGCAGAGUUCCUGAACAAGCUCAAGGAAGUCCAUGAGAAGGAGGUCCAAGGUCUGCACAGCAAGGUGACGGAGCUGACCACAGAGAAGUGCCGCGAUGCUCAGAGAAUUGAAGAGCUGUUUGCUAAAAAUCACCAAUUAAGGGAACAACAGAAGGUCCUUAAAGAAAAUGUAAAGGUGUUAGAAAACCGGCUGCGAGCUGGUCUUUGUGACAGAUGCAUGGUCACGCAGGAACUGGCCAAAAAGAAGCAGAAUGAGUACGAGACCUCUCAUUUCCAGAGCCUGCAGCACAUCUUCAUCCUCUCAAACGAGACCAAUCGCCUGAGGGAGGAGAAUAAAACUCUCAAGGAAGAACUGAAGAGGCUCCGGAGCCUGGAGGACAGGACAAGGACCCCGGGAGUUUCCUCCAGAGAAAGCUGCUCCACACCAAGCUCCCCUCUGACUGUACUGUCCCCAGUGAGCAGGAAUGUCAGCACAGAGAAAGCAGAGCACAGGGAAGCAGAAGAAGCCCAGCAGGAUGUGCCUGACCUCAAGCUCAGUGAAGAAAAGCCUCCAGAGAAACUCCAGAGAAGCUCUCCAAGCAGCAGGACUUCUCCAGGCACUGUCCUCCAAGAAGUCAGCCUUGCAGAAAUGGCAUCCCAGAGGAUUUCCAACCAGUUGCAUGGAACCAUUGCCCUGGUGAGACCUGGCUCCAGACCCUGCCUCCUGGAAAAGAGUCCUUCAGGGGCAGCAGUGUCUCCACCAGCGAGGAAGACUCCUCUCCCUCCGGAGCGUGAGCACAGCCCCAGCCUCGAGGCUUAUUUAACAGCGAGCAAAUUGGACUCCCCAAAAGUUGCUCCAUCCUACGAAAAUCUAAAGCUGAGUGCCCGGAGAGAGCAGCUGUGCCUCCUGCACAAGCACCUUUCCCUGCAGCAGCUGGGGCUGGCGGGUCCCUGCGCCCCGGCUGACCGGGACAGCUUCCCCAGCCCCCUGCUCCGGGCCAAGGCUGCCGGCGGCAGGACGCGCUCCAGGGACGGCUGGGAUGACCACGCAGCCUUGCUGCAGCUUCCUGCCACCAUGGUGUACGUGAGGGACCAGCAGCUGGAGGAGAAGCUGCAGCUCCUGAAGCAGCGGGAGCGGCUGCAGCAUCUCCUCCUGCAGCAGUGCCAGAGGGACAGCAAGCUCCGGCCCGGGGAGCGGCCGCCGUCCCCCUGGCUGGGCAUCGCGGCAGCCUGCAAGGAGGAGAGCUUCUUCCUGGAGGAUGCUGCGGAUGGGAAGGAAGAGAAGGAGCUCUGGCCGGGCCGGGAGCGCUCGGAGCCGCGAGCGAAGGUGAAGGAGGCGAGGGACGAUGAUGCGGACGCGCCCCUGGACCUGUCGGAGCCCGGCCGCGGCAGGGACGGGGGCUGGCACGGCCGCCGGGAGCUGCGGGGCUGCGGCAGCCCCGGGGACAGCAUGAAGCUGACAGGGUCACUGCUAGGCAGGACGCUUCCUCCGUGCACUCCGGCCACACUGCUGGUGUCGUGCCUUCUCCUGCUCUGUGCUGCUUGUCGCUUCAACUUGUAUUAA